AUAUUCCCCCAGUCAUACAGCGCUGUGUCCCGCGCUGAUGUCAACGCGCUUGGAAAAAGUGACUGUGACGCUUGUCUGCGGGAGGUGUGCCUUCUCUUCGAGGUUCAUAACAGUGUGUGACCUCCAACAUGGCGUCGGCAGACUCGACUACAGACGUUGAUGAAGACUCUACUGCCCCACCUCAUAGUAAGGAGUAUGACGCCUUUAUUUCCUUUAACAGCACUGAUGAGAAGUUUGUUGAUGAUUUACUGAAGCAUCUGGAGUCUCCUGAAAUCGGACUAAAAUGUGUGGACCACAGGAGGGACUUUCGCGGUGGCCAAACUAUAGUGGGAAAUGUUGAUGAAUUUAUUGAGAAGGCCUCGAAACACGUGCUCAUCAUGUCACCCAACUUUGUAGAGAGUGGGUGGUGCAAGUGGGAGACUGAGGUGAUGGUGACGAUGUCGGUGGAACAAAAGAGUGAUAACAUUAUUCCUGUACUACUCACACCCUGCAAGAUCCCCCAAUCACUGAGUACACUGACCUACAUUGAGGUCCCUCCUACAGAAGAUUCUCGGUACAGAUGGAGGGAGAGGCUCGUGGAUUCCAUCAAAAGAACAGAUUUGAAAGGCAGCAAACACAAGAACCGUGACAUGAAAGGGGUUGUACAAAGGGCAGGAGACAAGAAAGACGUCUUCAAGACAUGUGUCCAGAAGUAUAAGCAAGAUAAAGGAAAAUUUGAGCUGGAGAAAAGGGCCCUUGAAAGCAGUGUCCGGAUUGCAUUUGAUGCUGUCUCUAAACAGAUAUCAGCUACGUUAGAACGUCAGAAAGAGGAGAAGAUGGAUGAGAUUCAAAGACUAAUGGAUACACGUCAGACGCCUCUCGUCCAAAAGAUGAAGGCUGCAGAAGACAUAUUGAAGUUGAUGGAGAAAGAUUUAAAAGAUGACGUUCACGGUAUUAAAAGACUUGCGGAUCUUCUGGAUGAGUAUGAGAAUCACGAACAGAAACUAAAACAACGGUCCUUCCUCGAGUUUGUGAAGUCUGACAGCCCGGUGCAGAUUUUGACAGAUGAGAUGUCUAAGUUUGACGUGGGACAUCUGAGAGAGAUGGACAUCUCACAGCUCAGAUCACAGCGGGACAGGGACAACUUUCUGAAAGAAAUACGUCCUUCCUUGGACAUACUGCCUGAAACAACGGAUCCCACUCCAUGGAAUGUCAUUCGAUGCCGUGACAUCAAGUAUGAUGAGAAGACGGUGUAUGGACGUCGCAGUAUCCUGCCUGACGGAAGCCUGUUAAACCGCGAACCAACGGAACCUAUCACCAACCCCGACGGGAGACUCAAGAAAUUUAUGGGAGCUGUAGGAACGACGACUUUGACGGCAGGUUGUGUAUACUACUGGGAGAAUAAACUGGACGUCGAUCUGGAGAAUGAAUUGAGCAAAAAGAACUUUGUGUUUACCGUUGCUCUGUCCACAAAUGGCGUGUUUGAUGAAAGUCAGGUUGGAGAUCAACUUCCUACAGCCAUGAGUAUAGCUGCACGUGCAUGUGCAGACCAUGAGGCUGUGUGUCUGUAUGUAACUAAGUACACAUCUAUGGUAUAUCACAAAGUCCUUACAAAGAACCGACUUGGGAAGUGGCCGGCCAUUGCACUAGGUUUCCUCCUUGACACCAUCAGACAGAGGCUGACCGUUUAUGACGUCACAAAGAAAGAGGAGAUAACCCGUGUGGAAGAGAUCGGGGACGUGGAGGAGUUCACUCCUCAGUUCGCUGUGUAUGGUGGCCAUGCUGGAUCAGUGAGACUGUCAUUGAUCACUGGCGAGGAUACGAAAAUAUCCCCUGAGAUAUUGCAGAACAUUAGAAAAAGUAUUGAGUAAAAAGAUUAACGUUUUGAAAUUUUAUUGAAAUUGUCUGAACGAAUUGUAUCAGUUAUGUUUUUCUUUGAAAAAAACAUUUGAAGAAUAGGUGUUGUAAAAAUUUACAAUUGUAGACGUGCUUUGAUUACAAUGAAAACAAUUCAAUGCUGAUACACAAAAAAUAAAUAUGACAUAGACGCCAGUGGUAAAUUGGAUAAUUCCUCCCUCGGACAGAACCUGGGCGAAAUAUAAACUUGUAGUUGCUGUUGUUUUUCUGUAUAUGAAUUAUUGUUUACCCAUAUAUUGUGACGCUGUGCUAAUAAGCGUCAUUUAUCUUCCAUUUUUCUAAGUCAAUAUUAUAUGUAUUUGUACAGUUUGAAAGAGAAACAAUUCAGUGUAUAUGAAUUAUUGUUUACCCAUAUAUUGUGACGCUGUGCUAAUUAGCGUCAUUUCUCUUCCAAUUUUCUAAGUCAAUAUUAUAUGCAUUUGUACAGUUUGAAAGAGAAUUGUAUUCUCUACAUUCAUAUGUAUUUGCUUUUAUUGUCACUUUUCAACCUGUUAUGUAAUUCAUGAUUUUGUGUCACUGAACACAUAUUUUGCCCAUGUGUAUUCGCUUUUUAAUUAUUCCUACCAAUUUCAUUUGAAUAUUUAUUGUUGUAUAUUUUAUAUCAGUGUAUAGAACUUUUUAUGACCUAUACGCUCAUAGUUCAUAUGUGUAUAUACUCAUAAAAUAAUUUUAGUAAUAUUACAAAAGACCGUGUUCUUGAAACACACUCUCAUUAACAAGACGGGGUUGUUGAGCUUUAGCCAACGUGAAUAGGCUUAUCUCCCACUGGUUAAUUAAUUAAUUAAGUGGCCAAUCAGUGAUGGUCAAUUAGGGGCUCUUUCCUUUAAAGGCCGACUCAAAUCUUAAGUAAAUCUAAAUACUAAACCAUCAAAAUAAACUAGAAAACUUCAAGGCCCUAGGCGUAUUCCUAAUCAAAACAGAUCUAAUUAAGCGCAUCUAAAAACUCAUCAAUCUACAAAUCCAAAAUCCAAUAAACAUACAAACAC